GCAUCAUUUGCUCUUGGCGAUACUACCUCGUCUGUAUAUAUGAAGGAAAAUCCACCACCCCUCCCUACCACUCGUUCUAUCUUUGCUACAGGUUUCCACCAUGGGCAACACAUCGAGCAGUGCAGUACAAAAGUGCCUCGAAGGCGCCGUAGGAAGUGACAACGUAGCCUUCAAGGGUGCACCGUUGUUCCAGAUCACCCACGUCAAGCCGUAUAACCUCGAUAUACCUGUUUCACCGGCUGCGGUUACUUACCCUGAUUCAACCGAGCAAGUCGCUGCUGUCGUCAAUUGUGCAGUUGAAAAUGGGCUAAAAGUGCAGCCGCGCUGUGGUGGACAUUCGUAUGCUAAUUACGGUAUUGGAGGGCAAGACAAUACCAUUGUUGUGGACAUGAAACAUUUUCAACAGUUUUCCAUGGAUCAAUCGACCUGGCAGGCCACGAUUGGUGGCGGUACCCUCCUGGACGACGUGUCAAAACGGCUUCACGAGAAUGGGAAACGAGCGAUGGCUCACGGCACCUGUCCCCAAGUGGGUAUCGGGGGUCAUGCGACUAUAGGUGGCUUGGGUCCAUCGUCUCGAAUGUGGGGCUCAGCAUUGGACCACGUCGAAGAGGUAGAGAUUGUAUUAGCCAACUCGUCAGUCAUUCGCGCUUCCGAGAAGCAGAACUCGGACGUAUUCUUCGCCAGCAAAGGUGCGGCAGCUGGAUUCGGUAUCAUCACUGAGUUCAAGGUGCGCACACAGGCCGAGCCGGGCAAGGCCGUGCUUUACUCGUACAACAUCCACGGCGGAGAUGCCGCUGCCAAGGCAAAUGCAUUCAAGCAGUGGCAGAAAUUGAUCUCAGAUCCAACGCUCUCUCGCAAGUUUGCCAGUCAGUUCAUCCUUACUGAGCAAUUUGGCGCUAUUAUCACUGGCACCUUUUUUGGAUCCCAACAAGAAUUCGACGGGCUCAACAUCUCUGCCAGACUACCGAGCAACGAUGAGUCUGUCCUCGAACUCAAAGACUGGCUUGGCGUAGUCGGGCAUUGGGCUGAGGAUGUCGCUCUGGACAUUGUUGGUGGCAUUCAAUCCAACUUUUAUGCCAAAUCACUCGCCUACACUGAAGACGACAUCAUCCCCGACGACGGUGUUGACAAACUCUUCCAAUACAUCGACAAAGCGGACAAAGGCGGAGCUGUCUGGUUCGUCAUCUGGGACCUAGAAGGUGGAGCUACUAACGAUGUUGCGCCCGACGCCACAGCAUACGGCCAUCGGGAUGCUCUCUUCUACCAUCAGGUGUACGCAGUAAAUCCCUUUGGCAAUGUCAAUGCCAAGACAAAGGAUUUCCUAGCUGGCGUCAACAACGUUAUUGCAGACGCACUUCCGAACAACGAUAAGGGCGCAUACGCAGGCUACGUAGAUCCGGCUCUAGGAGAAAAUAGUGCUAGCCUGUAUUGGGGUGGCAACGUCGAGAAACUGCGUCGGAUUAAGAAGGAUAUAGACCCAUUGGAUAUAUUUCACAAUCCUCAGAGCAUCAGGCCUGCGGAGUAGGUGGACGACAAGAGCUCCUUAUCCAUCAGGAAAAAUAUGAUCUCAUCUCUAUGGGCUUGUGAACAGAAUGAGAUUAGACAACUAGGCUUUGAGGCUUCCUCUUGCAAACUCUUUAUAUCUUUAUACCUGAGUACUUGUCCACAAUAUCAACCAAUCACCAAUCUUAUCCUUGCACAGACUGGUUGUUCUUCUUUUCUGUAGUUAUCAUUGGCAAAUGGAAGCAUAAGCU